AGUGGAAAUGAAGGCCCAGUGUUGUGUUUGUGGCAAAACCCUCCACACUCAUACCUUGCUUCCAAGUCAUUCAACGUAUAUCAUUCAUUCUCCCAUUUCUCUAAAUUUCUCUGAAUUCCCUAAACCUUCAAUAAAUCUUUUACUUCUUCCAAUUCCUUCCACUUCCCAAUUAUGUGCGACAUGGAUGGUUCUUCCAACUUCAAGACCCCACAGAUCUCCGAGAUGUUUCAGAAAUUCGCCCUUGCUUUCAAGACCAAAACCUUCGAAUUCUUCGCCGACGACGACCACCCCCACAACAACGCUCCUGAUGAUUCCGACGGCUUUUCCCUCUUGGACUCCGCCGAGGAGGUUAUUACCGACCAGAAAGUCGUCGUCAUUAAACCCGAUUCCGCUUUCGAUUUCUUUCCCGCUCUUCCCUCUAAGCCUAUUGUUAACCCUUUUCCGCCCAAAUCGAAUCAGGCCCUGGAGACCCAACUUCAGGGAGGACCAACCCCAAACAUUCCCAUUCCUAAUUUGGAGAUGAUGCACACUCUGGUUUCCUCCAUUUUCGCUACGGUUUCUUCUUUUGAAGCUUCCUAUAUCCAAUUGCAGACUGCCCAUGUUCCGUUUGUUCAAGACAAAGUCACGGCAGCUGAUAGAGUAUUGGUAUCGCACCUGCAGCAGCUUUCUGAUUUCAAACAUUUUUAUAAAGAUUUUCGUACAAAUCCUGAGGUAACUACUUCGAUUCCGGUUGGUUCUUGUUUGGAAGCGCAGGUGCAAGAGAAUCAAAGCAAGCUUCGAAUGCUCGGCACCGUCUCCGACCGGGCUCAGUCGGAGAUUGAUCGGAAGGACUCUGAGGUAAUGACUCUUAGGAAAAAGUUGGGGGAGUUGCAGAAGUCUAAUUUGAGGUUAUCGCAGAAAUUAUCUGUCAGUUUGAAUGCGCUUUCUGAUGUUUUGUUGUCUGUUAGAGUAUUCGAUUCAAUAUUACAUGAUGCUUGUAGAGCAGCGUACAAUUUUACUAAAGUUUUGAUGGAAUUGAUGAAGAAAGCUUCGUGGGAUAUGGAUUUAGCUGCCAAUUCAGUUCACAGCGAGAUCAGAUUUGCAAAGAAAGCGCAUAGUCGGUAUGCCUUCUUAUCAUAUGUUUGUUUAUGGAUGUUUCGAAGUUUUGAUUCGGAAGUUUUCGGUGUCGUUGAGACUGAGAGUUUGUGUACUGAACAAUCUCAGAGUUCGGAUAGAAUUAGCAUGUCUCUUAAGCAAUUACUUGAGCAUGUUUCGAGCAACCCAAUGGAACUGUUAAGUGUAAAUCCUCAAUGUGCGUUUUCAAAAUUUUGUGAGAAGAAAUAUCAAGAACUUAUUCAUCCUUCUAUGGAGUCAUCAAUUUUCAGUAAUUUGGAUAGGAAAGAAGCCAUUCUGAAUUCAUGGCGGUCGGUCAGUGUGUUCUAUAAGUCGUUUGUAAAAAUGGCUAGCUCUGUGUGGAUGUUGCAUAAGUUGGCUUUCUCUUUCGAUCCCAUCGUGGAAAUUUUCCAAGUUGAAAGAGGUGCUGAGUUCUCAAUGGUAUUCAUGGAGGACGUCACAAGAAGAUACAUUCCACCUUUUAAAUCCCGGGCGAAAGUCGGGUUUACUGUGGUUCCUGGUUUUAAAAUUGGAAAGACAGUAAUCCAGUCUCAGGUCUAUCUUGAGGAACUUUGUGCUCCCGGUAAAGGAUGAAAAACAAAAGCUUCCAUUGAGAUUUAUAACGAGGAAACCGACUCUUCUUUUUCGUGUUAUCGCUUCGAAAUCUAUGGUGGUUGGAAUUCAUGAGGCUAAUGAAUGCCUCAUUACCUUGCUGGAACUAGAAAAAUGAAUGAACUAUGCCCACCACCCCGACACGGAUAAACUGCAACCUCAGCAGCCACCUUGUAAAUCUCUCUCUCGUGCUCUCUUUCCCUUACUGUGAGUAUUGUGCAGGGUCAAUUUUAUAGAUCUUUUUUCUCCUUUUGAGUUCAUCACUCACUAAUAUACAUAACCAAAUUGUGUAUUUAGAUCAACUGAUUACACUCAUCAUAUCAUUAAUGAUUAAUAUUUUGUUUCCUUCAA